GCUGCCACGAUGCCUGCCCACACAAGAUACGAUGGAUCAUAACGUGGAGAUCCGCAAUCUGGCCCUGGAGCUAUCAGACCUAGAGGUCGCACUGUUUCUCUGCCUCGCAGUCCAUGAGCAUUGUCGAGUUGAGACGACCGACACCAAUAUCAAUGACGUUGCCAAAGAGCUCGCCCUGAUCUGCUCCAUCACCUUUGGAUUGACCCGCGUCCUUGUCGAUUGUUCUUCUGCGACCACCGUUGACACCUUCCUCACCGCAAUAUCCGCACCGCAGCCUCCCAAGGAUCAUGCCCGUCCUACGCGUUCGCGCAUGCCCACCGAGUCCUCGAGUACAUCACUCUCCACGCAUGACUUACAGACCGGCAAAGGUCGUGCAAGGUCGUCUAAGCUCCCGGGACAAACGUCCACCAUCCCUAAUGUCAUCAUAGCGAAGAACUUCAAUCAUGUUGAUGACGAGAUCCAACGCACACUUCUCGAGUUGAUGCGCUCGAAGAAACUGUCCCUGCAGGCUGGGACCUGGGAAGCACCGGCAGACUUCCUCUUUGUGCCCCUAAUAGCACGCACUGGGGGCCGGGAUCAGCCCUUGUUGAAUCCUCAUCUGAAUGACCACCUCUUCAUCUCCCACUACCAGGACCCCGAGGAUAGCUUCGUCUAUCUGGAGGAGGACAACGACUGGCUGUCUGAGGGACAAGCUUCCGCAUCGUCUGUGAUCCGUAAAUCCGAUACCAAACCAAGUCAAAGCCACCCAAAUAUAGAUCGCAAGGUAUUGGAUCACGUCCAACAAGCCAGCGAUGCUGUGAUCGUCGGGGCAGACAUCAUCCGCUACCAGCAAGAUAUUGUCGUGUUUUUGCGGCUCAGUCGCGCAGUCGCUGGCGGCAUUUCCACGCGGUCGAACUUGCAUUUCAAGGCAUUCUCCAGGUUACUCGCCGUCUUGCAUGGCCUGGAUUUUGUUACCCCGUCAAUCGUUGCCUUGGCGGCGAAGAAGGUCUUCCGUCAUCGGAUUGUUGUAGCCAGGCCGGAGGAUGAUCGCAGCUUGCAGUAUGGGAGUGACCUGGCGGCUGUGUCUAAGGUGCUGGAAUACGCCGAUCCUGAUACGAUAUUGGAAGGGGUGCUUACGCUGGAGGCGCCGUUGUGAUCGGAGUGUGUGUAGCGACCCUGCCAG